AUGUGCAAAUAUACAGUUUCAAAACCACAUCACAGGUGUACGGGAUUUGAACACAAUCUCACAGACAAUGAUAUCAAGGAAAUUGUAGACAGAAUAAAUGAAAAGAGAAAUUAUGUUGCGAUGGGAUAUUUGAGAGGGUUUCCUCAAGCCGCAAAUAUGAAGAAAAUCACAUGGUCCAGUGAAUUGGCGGAGAUUGCCCAACGUUGGGCAAACCAGUGUGAUCCAUCCAUUAUGCCGGACAAAGAGGACGAAUGUAGAGAUUUAGAAGGAACGAAAGUUGGACAAAACAUAGCAACUGUUACGGGGGUAACCAACGAAUUGAAUGUGAAAAAUUUUAUCGAUAUAUGGUUUAUGGAAUCGCUUGCUUUUAGAGGAAAUGUUGUGUACUAUAAUUCGUCAGAAAAUAAUAAAUGUAAUAAUUUCGUACAGUUAAUUUGGGCCCCAACAAGCAAUGUCGGUUGCGGAAGAGCCGCUUUUCAUAUUAGGAUGAAUGGUAUCCGUCGACGGGUUGAUAGAUUGGUUUGCAACUUUAUGCCUAAAGGAAAUAUUAAUCGUCGUCCCAUCUACACUAUUGGUUUGCCCGCAACGCAGUGUGUUGAGCGUUUGGAACCGGAUAAAAUGUAUCCAGGGCUAUGCUCUCCUGAUAACGAGUUAACAACGCCAACUAGUUUGCUUAUUAAUCCAGUCACGAGUGAAAUUGAUCCUAUCAGACAUCAUCAUAACGAUAUGGUAAAGGAUUUAAUUAGCGGUCAAAAUACUGAAAACAGUAAAAAAGAUUAUGUUUUAAAGAGGGAUAAUAAGGAGGUACGCUGGAGCCCACCUAAUGCUGGAAGAACUGAGAGUCAUAUUAUCCAAAGGGAAAGAGGGCAUUCCCGUAUAUAUCAUAGUCAUGAUCACACCGAUGAGUUUGAUUACCUGCAUCCAGAUCAAAGUCAAUUCAGAAAAUUCGAUACCGCAAGCCCUAUUCCGGAAUAUUAUUCAACUGGAUUUUAUAGAAGAAAUCGCGUUCAACAAUGCACUCGGAAAUCUGAUACAAAGAUUUCAAACGAUUACGUGUCACCCACUUGUUGGUCUUCAUUUAGUCCACUAAAGCUGUGUACUAGGGGACAGAAUAAUAAUUGUGCUGCAUACGAUCAAAAAAUUGAUACUACUACCAAACAAUUCUUUUGCCAGAAUACACAAAAUCUUUGCCAAUGUCAAUCUUUAACCUCAGUUCAUCUAUCACCAUGCCUUCAAAAUAAUAAUUGUGAAUGUAUAACGGCUGGUCAACACUCAAACAACUGUCCGAUGAGGAGAAAUUUGGAAGAACACAGGCCAAGUAAAAUCUUAAUAGAUGAAUAUAAAAAACCUUACGAUAAGUAUGUUGCGAAUGAUUACAGCUUGUUUGAUACACCAAAAACAGAAUUAAAAUUCAAAGAUAACGAAUUUCCAAAAUCAGAUGUACCUACACGAUUUUUAUUACGCAAAUCCAAAAAGUUGCUCGAUUCAAGUGAAAGAAAAAGAAGAGGAGACAUUACUUUUAAACCAUUUUGGCAAGAAGAUGAAUUUGAUAAAAAACAGCACCAAUUAAAAUCGAUAAGAUAUACAACGUUAGGCUAUACUAAAAGAACACGUAAACGGAAACCAAUAAAAUCAUCUAAUACACAAAACCUCGUUAAAGUGACUGAACCAAUUACAAUAUCCAUGAAUGUAAGCCAUAAAAAAUUUGCCACAGAGAAGUUUUUGUCAUUCGAUGAACUGUUACGGCUAAGAAAACUUAAUACUGCUGAUAUUAAUGCACGUCGUGCAGAUGAAUCAGCACCACCCCAAUCUGAAGAAACCGCCACACAAACCGAAUCCAGCACAUCAGAGUAUACAGCAAAUACACCUUUUAUACGUUUAAAACAUUGCACGAGAAAGUUAACGUGUACUUGGACCGCUGCAUCGUUAGGGGAUAAUGAAGGAAAUGCGGAUGUUGGCAAUAGAGGCUCUCGAACUCCUCCUGGCUAUGUUGAAGGCUGCACGCGAACUUCAACUUGUACACGUGACUUCAUGAAUCGAAAUAAAAUGGACACAAUCCCAACACCCAGUGCUGAGCCUGAAAUUGAAGAUGGAAGUGAUGAAGAUUAUUGUGAAAAACGAUCAUUAAAUGUAAGAAGGGAUUCAAAGCUACAAGAAAUUUUAAAUGUUUCCCCUUACACUAUUCUACCUUUUGUACAGAAUAAGGACAAAGAUCUUGCUGAAAGCAAACACGAAAGUAUAGAAUCGGAAACCUGUGAAUGUGAAAAUGAUUAUCUCAGAAAUAAAAAAAUAACUAGUGAACAGAAAUUUAUUAAGAAAAGAGAAUCUGAAAGUUACGGUUCAUUGUCGUAUGGAGAUUUAUUUUAUUUAGUCGUGAAUAAACUGAUGAAAAAUUGGAAUUUAAACAAAAAAAUACAAUCAGACAAGUGUUCAUUUUUUGAGCAGGUCGUUGUUGAAGUUGUGUGA